AUGAUGCAACCAGCGCCCAGUGCAUCGCCGCCAGCGUCUGAACAAAAUGACGAGCCGCCGUCGGCCACGAGCACGCGCAGCUUGCCCAUACUCUCGCCGCAAAUCAAGAUCCAGCCAGCUAUCGACAUGCCAAUGAGACCAAGUCUUGCCCCUCAUGUAUCUGCACCACCAGCUGCACCCAAGUUCCAGAGCCCGAUGAGACACCACAAGAGGACCCCGUCUCAGCAUCGCGAGAUCAAGGAAACCCUCAAUGCGAAAACCGAGUAUACGAACGACGAGGCCGAUGGCAGCUCCCAACACACGAUCAACCAAUACACCAUUCGCGAGGAGAUCGGUCGGGGCUCCUACGGUGCCGUCCACCUCGCGACGGACCAGUUCGGGAAGGAAUAUGCCGUCAAGGAGUUCUCCAAGAUGCGCCUCCGAAAACGAGCCCAAUCCAAUAUCUUGAGGCGCCCCGAAGGCGGACGACCAGGACAACUUGCCCCCGGCCGAGGUCGAUGGAACACCCACAAGAAGCAACUUAGUCACCAUGAUGCUGAGGAGGCUAAAGACUCCUUGUACCUGAUACGGGAGGAGAUCGCCAUCAUGAAGAAACUCGAUCACCCAAACCUCGUGUCUCUGAUUGAGGUGCUCGACGAUCCGGAUGAUGACUCGCUGUACAUGGUCUUGGAAAUGUGUAAAAAGGGGGUGAUCAUGAACGUUGGUGUGGACGACAAGGCAGAUCCAUACGACGACCAGCAUUGUUGGAUGUGGUUUCGCGAUCUGGUCCUUGGCAUUGAGUAUUUACACGCUCAGGGGAUCGUACAUCGUGACAUCAAGCCGGACAACCUUCUCUUGACAGAGGAUGAUGUGCUGAAGAUAGUCGAUUUCGGGGUGUCUGAGAUGUUCGAGAAACCGGACCAGAUGUUGACCCAUAAAUCUGCAGGUUCCCCGGCCUUCUUACCGCCGGAGCUCUGCCAAGCGAAGCAUGGCGAUGUGUCCGGCAAGGCAGCUGACGUAUGGUCGAUGGGUGUAACUCUUUACUGUCUGAAGUAUGGGGAAUUGCCCUUCCCAUGCGACAAUGUCCUGGACAUGUACAACGCAAUCCGGGCCGAUGAGCUCCGUCUGCCGAGCGAUGAAAAUGAAGAGUUCGCGGACCUGAUCACCAGGUUACUGGACAAGAACAGUGACACGAGAAUCACUAUGCCAGAAAUCAGGAAUCACCCAUGGAUUACGAGAGGGGGCAGCGACCCCCUACUUUCAGAGGAAGAAAACUGCUCUGAUAUGGUAGAAGCUCCAAACGAAUUGGAGGUCAACCAUGCCUUCACACAGAAGAUGGAUCACAUGUUAUAUGUGUUGAGGGCAAUCCAAAGGUUCAAGGGCCUUGCCUUGUCUAGCAGGGUCGCGACCUCAGAAGGUGGAUCGCCACGAACGACUCGUCACCCGCCGGGACUUGCAGAAAAAGAAGUAAUCCCAGAGAACAAUGAGUUGGCACAACCCUCGAAACCGCAAUUACAGUCCACAACCGGUCGCCCGCGCAAAAAGACCAACGCUGAAGAGGCCGCCGACCUGGUGGACCUGCGCAAUGCGUACCACGCAUCGUCGGGUCGUGCAUCGAGACAUACCGAGCCUGCUAUUGGGACGGGUGAGAAGGGUCACACGCAAGACCCAACGGACAAAACUCCGCUGUUUCUCGGCAUCGGGACAGGCGGCCGCGAUGAUUUCGCUAGCGGAGAGGCUCCUGCCACAAUUGUGUCGGACUCUCCCACAGGCAUUGACUUUGACAUCUACGACCGCGCUUUCGAAACGGAAAUAAAGCGCAUUCGUUCUGACCGCAAGAAGGGAGGUCGUGCAAGGACGUAUCUGACCCGCUUCGUGGGCGAGAAAGAGGCGGAUAAGUAUCUCGGAGAUGAACACAUGGUUGUCGAGGCUGGCAAGUCCUUCGCGUCGAUCGCAUACGCACGCGGUUCCGAGGCCGCGUCUCAGGGAAUCGCUCGCGUCCAGGAGGCGAGUAAUGCUGCUACACUCCAGGGGAACGACAUCAAGGAGAAACUGGAAACGAAGCGUCAAGAGAGCCAAGAUGGCGUUAAGAAGGCUGUCGAGGCCGCCAAGGAGACCGGUAACAAAUUUGCCAACUUGGUCACAUCGAUGAGGAAAUGA